AACACCGAAACUGAAACACCAAAACUCACUUACUCUUACUCGUCCCUUCCAUUUAUUUAAUUGAAAAGAAAAGAAAAAACGAAUUAAAAUUCCCGUGUUCUGGUCGUUUCACUCAAAUCACGAAUUCAAUGAACUCAAAAAACCAAACGCCGAUUAGGGUUUUCGGGCAGCGAACCAUUGCUUCAACGUUCCGCAAUCUCUCACCACGCUAUCCUCCUUCUGAAAGAAACGAGAGAAAUCAAGCUUUACGCAAGAGCGAAACCGCGCAUCCCUCGCUUUCACACUUCCUCAACCUCAAGCUGCAAAAAUCUCCUCAAACGGUUCCGGGGAAAUCGACGCCUUUCCUGUCACCGCUGGGUUUAAGAAGAGGUGAGGAGGGUGAAGCUGUGAAGGAAGUUGAAAAAGAGAAAAAUGGUGGCAGUGAUGAUAAGGUGAUAUUUGAAAGCUUCAAGCACACUGAAGAGGACAAAGGAGACUUUAUUGAUCAAAUUGAUGUUGGUGAAUUAGAAAAGUCAGUUGCGGAUGAUAUCAAGAGUCAAAGAAAAGGAAAAUUCCGUUUGAAGGUUUGUCUUCCCCAUCCUAAUAAGUUUGACCUGGGGUUUCUUAUAAGUUAAAAUUACCGAUUUACAUUUAUUUUGCUAUUCAAUAUUCUGAUUGGAAUUUCCAAACGGUUUUUCCAAUUACAGGAUUAUUGCCUGAUCCUUUCUUCAAUAGUUGUUGCAAAAUGGCUUCUUUGCCUAAAAAAAAUUAUUGAUGUCAUAAGCACUUUUAUCCAUAAGCACUUUCAGGAGAAAAAUAUAAGAAAAAAAAAUGAAAUGAGUUUUUCUAUGAGUUAAAAUUAACUUAUGCUAAUUAAUCUAUAAAAAUUCUAUCGUAUUAGUUUUUCUAUAAGAUAAUUUUUUAGCGUAUAAAAAAGCUUCGUUCAUUUUUUCUUAAAAAUGCUUAUGGAGAAACUUAUGUUGCCUAAAAUCUAUACUGACAUCCUCUUUGAAUACAUCUUUGGAAAAAUCAAGUACCAAUGGAUCUCUUAUUUCAUCAUUUCCCCCCUUGUUCGUGUCAUGGGCAUUCGUUUCGGAACUUUACUAUGUGAAAUCUAUACAAUGCAAUAAUGAGUCUCUGAUUUCAUCAUUUUCCCCCUUAUUUGUGUCAUUGGGAUUUCUUUGGGAACUUUGCUAUGUAGCGUGACUUAAGUUUUCUGUUUGGUCAGCCUGAGUUUGGUGAGAAGUGAAAACGUAACCUUGCACUGCUUUUAACUGAGACUUUGACAAGUAUUUUUUUUAAUAUUUUUUUAUAGUCGAUCACUUCUAUUUGACUGACUAUUUAUGAAUUACUACCUCUGUUCAAUAUCUAUUGAUGUUUUUAGUCUUAGUUUUUUUUUUUAAAAAAAUUAUUGAUAUUUUACAUACUCGAAGUAUUAUUUUUUUUGGAUAGAAUUCUCGAAGUAUUAUUAAUUAUUGUUUUUCACAUAUACUCGUAUUUAAAAUUUGUUACAAUAGUAAUUUAUCACAACUAAUGAGAUACUAUUUAAUAAAAAUAUUUUAGUCUAAAUACAACAAUAUUGCACAUCCAUUAGACGCUCUUUAAUCUAUGUGCAUUAACUUUAAACAACAAUUAACAUUGAACAGAGGUAAUAUAGUACAAUAUUGAGAGGAUUAGAGGAAGAUUGUUAUCUAUAUUGAAUACAGUGUUAGCUGUGUAUUUAUUCUGAUUGAGAAGGCUGUCUAAUGCGAAAACACCUUUCUUCUGUGUCUAGCUUUGAUAGGAUGGGAUCAGCUAGGUUAAAAAAUGCUAAGAAUUUGUGGGCACCUGCUAUUUUGUCUUUCUUUUAAGAAUUUUAUUGGAUGAGUUUAAUAUAUUUACACUACAUGUUAUUUUGUCUUUCUUUUAAUUCCCUAAAAGUAAGAUGGUUAUUAUUUGUGGGCAGCUGUUUGGGCUAUUUAGAGGAGGGUACCGCAUUGUGUCAGGACAUGAAAAAGAGUUAUCCGAAUAGAAUAUUUUCCCUGUUACUCUCUUCUCUAUUCUAGUCUCCUUUAUUUACCAGUAGCUUCCUAUCAAGACUGGUGUUGUGAUUCGUGGUAAAACACCUAGAAAUAGAAGGAUUGGAAACUUGUUUCGUUUGCCUUGGUUGCUGGCAUGAUUUUGAGUUUUGAUCAUAACUAUUUCAUCACUAUAGUUUUCACUUUUCACCCAGAGGAAUCUACCGUUAUUGGAUAAUUGAUAUGAAUGUAUUAACUUGCCUGAAAAUAUAUAUCCAGAAGCCAUUUGCUACGGAGGUUUGAGAUUGAAUGGACAGAAGUUAAAACAUAAGAUAAACAGGUACUACCUUUCUCUGUUUACAGUUCUUUGAAAAACUGCCAAGUGCCAACAUAAAGACUAUAAGGUUUCCAAUUGAACAAUCAAAUACUGUAGAACUCAAGUGCCAACAUAAAGACUAUAAGGUUUCCAAUUGAACAAUCAAAUACUGUAGAACUCUGGAUCAAUAUAAAGACAUGCUAGUCCUUUUCUGCUAAGGUUUUUCUUUUUUCAUUUCAUAGCAUUUUCUGUUUCCUCUCUGGACACUCUUUAUUCCAUAUGUUCACAGGUGCAGAUGAGAGCCAAACUGCACGAAACAAUGUGGUAGUUCUUGGAGGAGCAUCAAAGUUGAAGCCAAAAAAAGGACAAAUUGGAAAUGACACUAGCAACAAAAAGCCAAGACCUCAUUAUAAUCACUAUGCAAAUGGCCCUGGCUGGUGGGAUUACGACAUGGAAGGUGUUGAUAGUGAGGAAUUGGGCUUCAGUGAUGAAGUAUGGGAGGGGGUGGGAUCCACCACGCUUGGUGGAAUAAUAGAUUGGCAUUGAUUUAGACAUUUUGUAUGUUAGUGAGGAAUUUUGUACCAUGUCCCUUGGUAUAACAUUGACAUCAAUGCAUUCCUAAACUCAUUACUCCAUGUUGACAAGAAAGUCACUUAAAGUAUGUAGAUAUCUGAAUUGCACUUUAAUUUAAUUAGUUUACUUCAA